AUGGCGUCGUGGAGGCUGUUGGGCCUUUCCAUCUCUGCCGCCGUUAUCUUGUGCAGCCUCGCCUAUCUCCUACUUCUCUCGGCCUCCACUUCUGGCCCGAUCAGGCAACCACCCUUUUACUCGUCUGCUUCAUCCAAGCAUCCUCACAGACACUUCCAAGCUCCUGCAGAGAAUCCCUGGACGGAAUUGGACGAAGCUGAGGCAUCGCAGGUAUAUAUAUGGCUUCAUGAAAACACCAAUAUAUUCAACUCGACCGGCGCUCGAGGAAGCAGCCCGCUGAAUCUGAUCGAACUUCUACGACCCAACAAAUCCAGUGUCGUCGACUAUCUGGACCACAAUGGCCCUAUCCCGGACCGCUGGGCCCGCCUCUCGGUUGUCGAGACCAAGGACGACGACGCUUUUAUUGUCGAAUAUAUGGUCGGGCCCCUGCCCCCGUCCAAUGAGACUCAAAUCCUGCCCUUGACGUACUGCCACAACUCUGGCCGCAACUAUGUCCAAAGCCCCAUCUCCGAUGUCUUUGCUCUGCUCGAAUGGGCGCUGUCCAUCGGCGAGGAUGCGUCUGAUGUUACUCUGGACCUUUUGGGCGCGAAGACUAACCGGCACGAUCCUGACGAUCCCAAUGGAUUGGUCAUGGGUUCCAGACCGGCUCUCAUCGACUCAGGCCGUAUGGUACAUUGGUUGGAGUUUUUCGGUCCGGGCAUGAAAUCCGACGGCCGCAGCCUCUUGCCCCAGGGGCUGUACGUCAAGCUGAACCUGCCCAGCGCGAGCCCCGAGACCUGGACGACGGGCGAGUGGUUCUACAAUGGGAUCCUCUAUGACAAUGUCACGAUGCUCCGAGGAGCCAUGGCAUCUCCAGGGUUUGAACGCCUCACUGUCAACGAAGACGGCGCGUGGACUGAUACUGAAGAUUUCACCGCCUCGACCCCAGAACGAGACAUGCCGCCUCCGGUUUCCAUCCAGCCCUACGGCCCGCGGUACCGCCUCGACCGGUCAGAGAACUACCUCUCCUGGAUGGGGUUUUCGUUCUACUUCUCGACCUCGCAGGCGACGGCCCUGUCGCUCUUCGACAUCCGCUACAACAAUUCUCGGAUCAUCUACCAACUCGGCCUGCAAGAGGCACUGGCCCACUACGCUGGCGUCGAACCCAUGCAAUCUGGCCUACACUUUCUGGACACCUUCUUCGGUAUGGGCAAGAUGAUGUUCAGUCUCGUGCCGGGGCUGGACUGCCCCGGCCACGCCGAGUAUAUGGAUAUGUCGUACCACCGGGGCGGGAAGAUGUACACGAACCGGAACGCCAUUUGCGUCUUUGAAUACACAUCGGACGCUCCGCUGCAGAGACACACGUCGGCGUUCAGCGCGACCGUCAGCAGAAACACCUACCUCGUGGUGAGGAGUGUGAGCACGGUCGGGAACUAUGACUACACGAUCGACUACAUCUUCUACCUCGACGGCUCUGUCGAGGUCAAGCUCAGGGCCAGCGGCUACAUAUUCGGGGCAUUCCACGCGGAGCCACGCUCCUCCACCUCGUUCUCCUUCCCGCCGCUCCCACAACGCGACUCGUCCGCGAAUGAAUACGGCUACCGCGUCCACCCUGCCCUGCACACCUCCAUGCACGACCACGUCGUCAAUUUCCGCGCCGACUUUGACAUCUGCGGCACCGCCAACACCGUCGUGCGCACGUCGAUUGAACCCCUCCAGAGAACCUACCACUGGGAUAGACCCGAAGUGCCUGGGUUGCGGAAUACAAUGCACAUGGUGCACAGGCCCGUCACGCACGAGACAGGGCUCGACUGGCCGAAGAAUUCCGGGGAAAUGUACCUGAUCACCGCGCCGAACGACACGAACAAAUGGGGCGAGACUCGCGCCUACCGUAUCCUGCCAGGCACAGGGAUGGGCAACCCAGCGCGCCUGACGAUCGUCAACUCGACAGCACUGGGCGCCUCGGCGCCGUGGUCGUCGUCGGACCUGUGGAUCCUGAGAAACCACCCUUCGACCGAACCGGGCUCGGCGCACCACCUCAACGCGCUCGAGCCGCUGUCGCCGCUCGUGGACUUUGCAAAGAUGGUCGCCGACCGUGAGGUUGUGGAGAAGGAGGAUUUGGUCGUGUACUUCAACCUGGGCGGCCACCACGUGCCCAGCAGCCAGGACAUCCCCAACACGCUGAUGCACACCAGCGCGAGCUCCGUCGUGUUCAUGCCGUUCAACUAUUUCGACGAGGACGUCAGCAAGGCUGUGCGGCAGGGCGUGAGGGUUGAUCGACGUCCAAAAAAGGAGAACAUCGUCGUCGCUGCCGGUGGUGUUGGGGCCGAACUCGACGGCGAGGCCGCCAAAGAAGAGGUGAGACGGUCUUCUAAUCGUGCCGCGAGAUCUGGCCCGACGGAGAAGAGCAAAGAGGACGACGGCGUAUCCUGGUUCGGCGCGCGGUACACCACUCCGGUGCUGGUUUCGGAAGCGAUGCUCUCGCCGGACCUGAGCCACUACAUGAAAGAGCGGGACGACGGCGAACAGGGCGGAUGGAAGACCGUGCGGAACAACGUCGGCGGCGGGCUCUAUGGGCUGUUUGUCGGCAAGGAGAGGGAAGGAGGGCGAGGGCAUCAACGGGAUGGGGAUGAUGGGGGACGGCUGGACUGGUGA